AUGAAUCAAAGUAAUGAUAAUAUAAGGCAUACAAGACUUGGAAGACAUGGAAGUCGUAAAACACAAGACAUGAGUGUCACGAUUGAUGUGAACGACGUGUUUGAAGAAGUGGUUAAACAAAAUGAAAGACUUGUCAAAGAAAUUGAAUUUUAUGAAGAAGUGGUCAACGAUUUAGUGACAAAUGUGAAGACAUGUAUUGUUUGUCAACAAAAUGAUGUCAUAAAAGACAGAAUCAGUGAAUUGGAGACACAAUUGAAGAGUAAGACAAUUGAUAACUCAACUGAUGUUAAGAGUGAUGAUAAAGACUGUGAUAAAAAUGUAAAGAAAAACAUGAAAUCUAAAAGUUUACAAAAGUUGAAGAAAACAAAUAAAAGAUGUGUUAAAGAGGUUACAGAUUCUGAUAGUUAUAAAUCAUAUAAAACAAGUAUAAAAACAUUGAAGAAAACUAAGAAAAAUUUAAAGAUUGAAUUCAAGAGUAACAAUAAAACCAUUUUAAAAGCUGUCGAUGAAGUAACAGAUGAUAAUGACAGCAAUGGACAGACAGUUAAAAGUAUGAAACAUAUAAAACUAUUUAGUGAUGAAUAUGACAAACGAAGAAAACAACUAAAAAACGACACACUUACCAAUGAUGGCAGUUAUCAAUGCAAAAGAUGUGAUUAUAAAAGCAAUAGAUUUGAAGAUUUUGAGUCACACGUCAACCGAUAUCAUCUCAACAUUAAGCCAUACAAGUGUCACAUUUGUGGUCAGAAUGUGUUCAGUUACGACAGUUUAAGGAAACAUAAAAAUAUUAAACAUUUUUAUGUUGGCCAAGGAUUGGAUCAAUUAAGUGAUCGACGAAAAUCUAAGAUCGCCGAAACUUUAUCCAAAUUUCAAUGUAAAUAUUGCCAAAAAUAUAUACAAAAUAAGUCGGUUCUCAAACAACACGUGUUGCGCGUGCAUCACAAUGUAAAACCAUCUAAGCUUAUUGAGUGCGAUAUGUGUGACAAAUCGUAUAGUAAUAGUAAAUCACUUUUUGUUCACAAACGUCUACAUCAUGGCAUCGGAUCAUCAGUUCCGUAUUAUUACUGCGAUUGGGAGGACUGUCUGUUUAAAUCACCAAAUAAGUCAUUAGUCACAGUGCAUAAAAAAAGCAAACAUUUACGUAUCCGUGACUAUGUGUGUGAUUGGCCCGGAUGUGACUAUCGGACGACCACCAAAAAUAGUCUCAGUAGACACCAGAUUGUUCACAGCGAUAAAUAUGACUACCGGUGCCAAUGGCCUGGUUGCGAGUUUCGAUCUAAACAAGAAUAUCUAUUGAAGAAACAUAUGGUGAGAAUGCAUGAGGACAUACCCCGCACACAUGCGUGUCAUUGGCCCGGAUGUGACAAAACGUUUAAAUUUACCGCUCAUUUGACAAAUCACAUGAAACUACAUAACGAUCCACACCUGCCCUGUCCUCAGUGUAAGAAACUGUUUAAGACUAAAAAGUAUUUGGAUAUUCAUAGGCACUCACAUACGGGUUGGCUACGUGUUGACUGUCCGGUAAAGGGAUGCAAUAAACUGAUAUCAAACAAAACUAAUGUCAGACAUCAUUUGAGAGUACAUCAUAAGGACUGGACCGGCAAUUAA